UAUCCUCUCCUAAUCUCCUCCAUCUUCAUCCCAAACCCUAACCCCCAGAUCUGGUCCCCACACCUACCACCCUCUGCCUCGACGGCGCCGCAAACCAUCUCCAUAUCCUCACCAUCCUCCUCCGAUGACACAACAGUUGUUGUUGCAAUGCUAAACCCAAUAGACUUUCUUGCUCUACAAGAAAUCCACUCUUCCUUAGAAGACACACCAGGCUCCAACUUCCUCCUCGCCUGGGACUUCUCCUCUGACCCCUGCUCCUUUCCCGGCGUCCUCUGCAACCCUACCACCAACCACGUCGUCUCCCUCUCCCUCGGCGAUCCCCGCGCCGGCGCCCCCGGCCUCACCGGCAAGCUCCAUCCCUCCCUCUCCCUCCUCUCCGAACUCACCGACCUCUCCCUCGUCCCCGGCCGUGUCUACGGCCUUAUCCCUCCUUCCCUUUCCCUCCUCCGCCGUCUCCGCUUCCUCGCCCUCUCCGAGAACUUCCUCUCCGGCCCAAUCCCUCAAUCCCUCUCUUCCCUUCCAUCCCUUCAAACCCUAGAUCUCAGCUUCAAUCUCCUCUCCGGCUCUAUCCCUCCUCCUCCACCCUCUCUCUCAUUUCUCAUCCUCUCCCACAACCGCCUCUCCGGCACGAUUCCCUCCGCCAUCGGUGGCAACCCUCGCCUUCUCCGUCUUGACCUCAAGCACAACCAUUUCACCGCCAUCGGUGGAAUCGUCCGUGAAUUCGUAAGGCUUUUUCUCUGGACCGGUUCCGGCAGGGAGAACCUCAAGUUUAACGUCCGCUGGACCCACCGGAACCUUGCCAUCGUUAGUAGUUUAGCAUCUAGAUCAAUGGUGGAUUUUGCAUAUGAUGAUAAUGGCUCCCCAAUAUUGACAGGACUAGGAGAUUGCUGACCAUGGGCGUUGUGGUUGCUGUUGUAUUUGCAGCCGCCUUCGGGCCCUUUGUGUCCUAUGGCCAGGUUGAGAGCAUAGUCUUGAGUUUUAUCUCCAUGCUUUCCAGUCCCAAUGAUGAAUCUCCCUCAAACAUCGAAGCUGCAGUCUCCAUCUCCUCUUCAGAAGUAGUCAUCGAAAUGGCUAUGCGAAAGGUGGCAGAGAGUGCGAUCCGAACUCUGGGAUCUAGGUCUUGCCAAUCCAGGCAGCUCCAUGCAACUCCAGGGAGCAAGAAGAUUGUGGGGGUAUUCUACAAAGCUAGGGAGCAUGCAGAGAAAAA